AUGUCAGCAUCAUCAACAAAUUCUGGAUCUUCACGUUUUCGUGUAGAUGCAGCUAGCUUUUCACCAAGUCAUAUUAAUCAGCAACAACCUUAUCAACAUCAUCAACAUCAUCAAUAUCAAUAUUAUCAUCCUAAUAUAGCGGCACAUCAUCAUCAUCAACAACAACCAUAUUUAUAUUAUCAACAACCAAUGCCAAUGAUAUAUCCAUAUUUACAAUAUCCUAUGCAACAGAUACCGGAACCUAUUCAACAAAUUCCACAACCAAAUCAACGGAUACAACCUCAUCAACCUCAUCAACAUCAUCAGCCACUAAAUAAUCAACAACCUCAACAAAAACCACAACUGCCUUUAAAUAAUCAUCAACAACCUAUUUCAGGUCAACAUCAACAACCUAUUUCAGACCAACCAAAUCAUCCAUCAGAAAAAGAAAUACUAAAGAAGGAACAAGAUGAAAAAAAAGAGAAUGAAAUCUCAAUUCCAUACUAUAUAAACACAAACAGAACGGACUAUUUACAAUCUACAACCAAUAAAUCAACCACUACUAUUAUAAAGAAUGUCAAUCCAAAUGAAUUCAUAAUAAAUACAAAUUUAAUGAAAAUUAUAGACAUAAACCAAGAUACCACCAUUAUAAAGAAAGAAGAACCAGAAGUACCAAAACCAGUAAUAAAUCCACAACCAUCACCCACAGAAAAUUGGGCCUCUGUUUUGAAAAAGAAUACUAAUCAAAAAUCACCAACUAUUGCAAAAAUAAAACCAAUAACCAGUAUACCGAACUCAACACCUACAACUUUAAUCAAAGAUUUCGAGGAAUCUUUAGGAAUCAUUUUAUUAAAAAUACUUCAUGAUCCUCGAUAUAAUAUAUUUCAAGACAACAAUGUACAAUUUUAUAAUUCAAAACCAAAAGGAUUUACAAAUACUGGGAAUAUAUGCUUUAUGAAUUCAAUAUUACAAGUUUUAUUUUUCUGUCUACCAUUUAAUAAAUUGAUGAAAAUUAUUGAAAUCAAAUCUCCAAAAUCUUUAAAUCAAUACCCCAUUAUAAAAUCAACUGUAGAAUUAUUUGAAAAUUAUUCAAUGAAUCAAUCUAAAAAUAUUUCACCAGAAGUAUUUUAUAAUAAAAUAAAAAAUAUUCAAAAAUUUCAACACCUUGUUUGGGGUCGUCAAGAAGAUGCAGAAGAAUUUUUAGGAUAUUACCUUGAUGCAUUAAAUGAAGAAUUUAUUGAAUCCAUAAAAAACAUCAAAUCUGAAGAAAUUGAAAAAUUAACAAAAAACUACAAUGACUUGGAAUUAUCAAACAUUUUAAUUACCUUAAAAAAGAUAAAGAAAUCAGAAGGUGAUGAUGACGAUGAUGACGAUGAUGAAUGGGUUGAAGUUAAUAAUUCAAAAAAGAAUAUCACCAAAAUUGAAAUUGAACCAACUCCAUUAAAUCUUAUAUUUGGUGGAGAAUUUAAAUCAGUUUUAACAUUAACAAAAGGAACUAAAAUAAAUCUUGAUCCGUUUCAACAUGUUCAAUUAGAUUUAAGUAAAAGUGAAAGUAUAGAAGAUGCAUUAAUUCAUUUUAAUGAAUUGGAAAAUAUAAAUUAUAAAAAUUCAAAUAAUAAAGAAAUUGAAAUUAAAAAGCAAACAUUUAUUGAAAAAUUACCAAAUGUAUUAAUAAUUCAUUUAAAGAGAUUUAGUUACGAAGAAAGUAAUUCAAAUGGAAAUGCAGGUUCUGGAAUAGUGGAAAAAGUCAAAAAGAGAAUAAAUUAUAAUAAUAAAUUAAUAAUACCAAAAGAAUUAUUAUCGAAUCAACAACAAGAUGAAGAAUAUCAAUUAGUUUCAGUAGUUUAUCAUCAUGGUUCAAGUGCUGAUGCUGGUCACUAUACAAGUGAUAUUCAAACUAAUGAUCAAUGGUAUAGAAUUGAUGAUACAGUAAUAAAAGAAAUUAAUGAGGAUGAAGUUAUGAAUGGUGGUACUGAAGAAGAAAAUAAUAUCAAAAAUGCAUACAUUUUAUUAUAUAGUAGAAUAUAA